AUGGCGUUGCCAAAAAGGAUUAUCAAGGAGACGGAGAGGUUAAUGGCAGAACCUGUUCCUGGUAUCAGCGCAGUUCCUCACGAGGAUAACCUACGAUACUUUGACGUUUCCAUACACGGUCCCACCCAAUCUCCAUAUGAAGGUGGCAUUUUCAAACUCGAGCUUUUCUUGCCGGACGAUUACCCUAUGACCCCGCCAAAGAUCCGGUUCCUGACGAAGAUUUACCAUCCGAACAUUGAUAAGCUGGGGCGUAUCUGUCUUGAUGUUCUCAAGAGCAACUGGUCUCCUGCUCUCCAAAUCCGCACGAUCCUCCUCUCUAUCCAAGCCCUCCUAGGUGCGCCGAACCCAGAUGACCCACUGGCGCCGGAGGUAGCCAAGCGGUGGAAGGAGGAUGAACAUGCAGCGAUUGAAACUGCCAAAGAAUGGACGCGAACCCAUGCGAUGACCUGA